ACCAACUGCGCAAGUGUCAAAUAUGUUUAAGUUUACAGUAGCGAUCUCUAGAUAACGAUAGCAUUUUAUCGAUCUUUAAAAAAUAACUGUCUAUGGGCCUGAAGAAUGCACAAAAUGACAAUUACAAUAAUAAACACCGAAGCAGGUUAAAAAAUUGAAAGAUUGUUAGGUUAUUCCUCGGAUCUGUGGCGCUGUCUGCUACAGAAACGUGACAAGUGACAUUCGUUUCGGUUCCAUAACAUGGCGUUUACUUUGUGGUCAAUGUUCGAGGCAACGUUGCUUGUCUUGAACGCCGUUUGCGUUUUAAACGAAGACAGGUUUCUCGCCAAAGUUGGUUGGGCAUCUUGGCAAAAUGUUCAAGGCUUUGGAGAACCUCCAACGAUGAAAUCACAAAUGUUGAACCUGGUCAGGUCUAUACGAACAGUCGCACGAGUGCCACUGAUAUUCCUGAAUAUAUUAGUGAUUAUUAUGAAACUGGUGCUUGGGUGAUAUACAUUGUGAAUAAAAGGACAAUAAUCCGUGUAAAGUCAAAACUCUCGGUAUUGUACAUAAACACAAUUAUUAAAUUCCAUUAUUUUUAUCUUUACA